ACCCGCGAAAGCUUCUGAUUGGCUUGGCAGUAUACUUUAAUCCUACCCAGGAAGGAUAAAAGAUUUCUUAAAGUGAUUGUUAAUUUGGCAAAAGCGAAUUUCUGCGAAAUUCAUUCGUGUGUAAAAUUAUGCCAGAAUCUCUACCGUUAGAGAAUAGCUAUCCUAGUACUGUCAAGCUUAAAUACAAAAAGCUAUCCUAUCAAGCGACAACUCCUACUCGUGGAUCUCUCUUUGCCGCUGGUUACGAUCUUUACGCUGCUCAUGAAGCUACCAUACCUCCUGGGGGUCGUGAAUUAAUUAAAACUGACAUACAGAUUGAAUUGCCGGAAGGCUGUUAUGGUCGCGUCGCUCCACGAAGCGGACUAGCCUUAAAACAGGGGAUUGAUGUUGGUGCUGGUGUUAUUGACCGCGACUAUAGGGGCAAUGUUGGCGUAGUACUUUUCAACUUUGGAGAACAAAAAUUUGAAAUCAGAAAGGGUGACCGUGUAGCACAACUGAUUUGUGAACGUAUUUUCUGUCCUGAACUGAUGGAAUGUGAAUCGUUGGCGGAGACGGAUCGUGGUUCAAAUGGUUAUGGCUCAACUGGAGUGUAGAACAUAGUAAUUUUAUCAGAAUCAAAAUAUUGUUUACAAUAAAUAUAUGAGAAAUAUAGUCCGUGUCUAUUUAUGCCUGCUAAUAACCUUUAAAAAAUUAACUGACCAUUUAAUGUUAAGUUGAAUUGGUGACUUUUGUUACACUUUUUAACGUGAACUGGUCAUCCCACCUACGUUUACAAAGCUACAUACUUCUUCCAUUUAGGUUUAAGAAGCGGUGGUGACCAAUUUUUCGUUGGUUGUUUGUUGGUACUUGAAUUUUGCACACACGUUCCUCUUCCAAAUUAUUAAAGACGAUCCUUUAGCACGUAAUAAUCAUGAUACGUAAUAGCAUGUUGGAAAAUGUUAACUCCCUUUUUUAAUCAAUUAUGAACUUGAGUUACGAACAUACAAAUCCAUUCUAUUGAUAGCAUUGGGUUGGAUUUGAGAUCCUUUUGAUAUAACUUAAGUACGUGAAUCAUUCACUUCAAGGUAUUCAACAGAAUUGUUGACGAAGCGUCUUUGUUAAUUCUGUACAGUGGAAAAAGCAGAAUUAGGAGAUGAUGUAGAUAUAUUUAGAGUGCCACGUGUUGGAAGUCUAUUUCUCAUCGUG